UGGUUGAGAUCUCCUAUGUUCAUAAAUGAUGUUCUUGCAGGUUACUUUAGUAAUCCGGAGGCAACCGCGUCUACUUUAGACUCAACCAGAUGGCUAAGAACCAGAGACCUAUGCUACAUUGAUGAAGACGGGUUCAUCUUCGUGGUCGAUAGAUUAAAAGAGCUCAUCAAAUAUAAGGGGUAUCAGGUGCCUCCAACAGAACUCGAAGCUUUGCUGCUAACACACCCUGAAAUCGACGAUUGUGCUGUGAUCCCGUUUCCUGACAAGGAUGUAGGGCAGUUUCCGAUGGCGUAUGUGGUGAGGAAAAAUGGAAGUGGUCUAACUGAAAAGGGCGUUAUGGACUUCGUUUCUAAACAGGUGGCUCCGUACAAGAGAAUAAGGCGAGUAGCCUUCAUCGGGUCGGUCCCGAAGAACCCGUCUGGGAAGAUUCUGAGGAAAGAUCUGAUACAACUUGCAACUUCCAAAUUGUAAUAAGGAAUAUGAAGAUACGUGGGCUUUUUGAGAUGCAAGAGGAAAGAUCUGAACAUCUUAGGCUCAAGAAUUACUGUUUGUUUCUGUUUGUAUAAUAUUUCAGUUUCAAGCUAUAGAUUAUAGAGAUUUAGAGGAACAAAG